AUCUUCUCUUUUUACUCUUAUUUUUCUUGUUGUGUGUGUUCUGUAUAUAUUCUGUUCUUAAUACUGAUUGUUAGAAUUCGAUUGAAGGAUUUACCAUUCCCGUCGUCCUAUAAUUUCUGUGUUUCUGUUCCAGAAGACCAAUUGUUUUGCUCAAGUUGGACUGCUUGUUAUCCACAAGAAAUACGGAGUCCGUUUCAUUUUAUUUUGUAGUAGGUGUUCUCUGAGGAUUUCGUUAAAUUUCUUUCGUGAUAGUGAGUGCUUGAAUUCCACUGAAGGAUCAAUAUUUCCUUGUGUGUUUUCAUCGUCCUUCAAUUUUUCUGCGUUCAAUAGUUCCUUUGUUGAACUGUUUGUUAUCCAGAUGAAACAUGUACAGACUCUGUUGUACUUUACAUGAAAGAGGAAAAUCUGGAGAAAAAUAAUAAGUUUCAUAUAUAUAUAUUUUUUAUGGAUUCAGUUAAAUUGCAUUGUAAUAAUAUUUAUUUGAAUUCGACUGAAGGAUUUAGCAUUUCCAUAUUAUUUUUUCGUCCUAUAAUUUUAAGUUCAGAAGAAAAACUGUUUUAAUUUGCUCUAGUUGAACUGCUUGUUAUCCAGAUGAAAUAGAUACACACUCAGUUUUACAGGAAAGAGGGAAAUCUGGAGAGAGAAAAAAACAUGAUUCACUUUAUUUUUUUUAAUUAGAUCUGUGAUUUGGCACUUUCAGGAUCUCAAUUUUGUAUUGUUCUUUGUGAAUUUGUACUGGUAGUCGAAGUAGGCUACUGAAACACACCUACAUGGAAGAAUUGAGUUCAGAAGAGCUUGUAUUUGUACUCGAGUGGUUGCAAGUUCUUGGUGAUUGGUUCUAAAUGGAUUAAACAAGGAGGAUUGCAGGCUUGUAUUAAGUUCAGAACACAAGAGAGCGUUGCUGUGUUUUAGCUGUUUCUAAAUAGUGUUUAAACUGCUCAAGGCCAACAUUAAUUUGGACCUGAUAAAGAUGGAUUUUGGUGAGGAUAUGGAGUCAAAUGUUGAUUUUCACAUAAAUGAUGAGGCAAAAAGGAUGCUUAAAGAGAUUGAACUGGUGAAGAAGAAUGUUGAGAACUCUGAGCUCUAUGCUGGAAUGUGCUUGAAUCUCAAACAGAAUAAAACAAUUCAAAAACACUUCUUUCGUCUUUUAGGUGGGCAUUCACAUGUUCAGGUGGUAAUCUAUGGUUUGGGAAGCACCGAAUACAGUUUUAGUUCACAGUUUCAGCUUGCUGUAGUUCUCCUACUAAAACGAGAUUUUCCCAAUUGGAUUGGCAAUAUAGAAAUAUACGAUCCCUGCAUGUCUGCAGCUGAUAUCAUAUUUUUCGAGAAACUAGGUCUUGAGGUUCUCACCAAUGAUGAAAAUUGUAAGAGGAGAGCUCAGAGACCAACAAUGUUCUACAUGCCUAAUCCUUGUUGGUAUCUUAUUGGAAACCUCUUGGGAGCAAACUGGUCUUCAUCUUGUCUUAACAAGAUUUUUGUGCUGACAAACUCAUUUAGCUACACACUGACCAAUGCGCCUCGAUGUAGCACUUCUCUAGAAACAGUGAUACGCUUGGAGAGAAUUCUGGACUUCACAACAGAGGUUACCAUAGAAACUAGUGGCAAUCAGAAGUAUGCUAGUCUGUUCUCAGGAUUUGCCUGGCAUUUCUUUGACGUGGAUCCUAACAAUGACAUUGACAAACCGGGAUGCUAUUGGUUGGACAUGCAAAGGCAUCUUGAAGAAGGAUUUUUGGAAAAUAUGAGAAGUAAUAUGACUAGUGAGGAUUUUGCACAAAUUUGGAUUGAUUUUCGUGGGGCUCGGCGUUUAAGAUGCAAAAAUGUACCUCCUCCUCCAGGUUGUAUUAAGCUAAACAUCUAUGGUAUUGGUAGAAAGAGUGAUCAGCCAGGACGAUAUAGUGGCAUCUUCCAAGAUGAAAAAGGGAAGUGUUUUGAUAGGUAUAGGGGUGACAUUGAUGUUGAAGACAAUGUGAUUGCUGGACUAGAGGCCUUGAGGAUUGGGUUGGCAGGAUGCAUGGAAGGAAGGCCAAAUGCGCCGAAGUUGAUUGUGGAGUCCGACAAUGUUAUACUUGUCCACUAUGUUAAUGGUCUCCCUGAGCCAAAUGACACAGCCAUGCGCUGGUUGGGAGAAAUUUUCGACAUGCUGAAACAUAUAGCUUGUGUAGUUUGCCAUAUCUACGAAGAAGCCAAUGAAGCUUCUAGAGAUUUAGCUCUGAAAGGUGAAUGUCAUAGAUAGCUUUGUAGUUUACUCAAAUUCAGUUUGCAUUUUAUGGCAAAUAGAUGUUUCUUAUCAAAUUUGAUUGUUUCUGUUUCAAUUGCCAGUUUCUACAGAAUUGCUUGUGUCUUUUGGAAUCUACAGAAGUUUUUAAUGA